CCCCACAACACAAACUCCUUCACUUGCACCAUUUUCUAGUGUGCUCGUGUGCCUUUCCAAUUUUUAUAACACAUUCUCUCUCUCUCUCUCUCUCUCUCUCUCUCUCUCUCUCUCUCUCUCUGCCAUGGCAUCUGCGGCUGGGACUGGCUCGCCCUGCGGCGCAUGCAAGUUUCUGAGGAGAAAGUGCGCUUCAGAUUGCAUCUUUGCGCCUUAUUUUUGCUCGGAGCAAGGCCCGGCAAGAUUUGCAGCCAUUCACAAGGUGUUUGGUGCGAGUAAUGUCUCCAAGCUUUUGUUACACGUCCCAGUUCAUGACCGGUGUGAGGCUGUUGUCACAAUUGCCUAUGAAGCUCAGGCACGGAUUAGAGACCCCGUUUAUGGAUGUGUAGCUCACAUUUUCGCCUUGCAACAACAGGUGGCGUGCUUGCAAGCGCAAUUGAUGCAAGUGAAGGCACAACUAGCUCAAAGCCUGGUUGAUUCCCGGAACAUAGAGAGUCAGUGGGCAGGGAAUGUUGGUGGGGUGCCAACGGGGCCAACUUUUCCGACGACUUACAUGAAUCCCAUUUCCCCUCAGAGCUCGCUCGAGUCAAUUGACCAUAGCAAUGAUGGAAUGAACAUGCAAGAAAUACAAAGCUUCAGAGAGGAUUGCUUGUUCCAGCCUUGUUGUAAGAAAAGACCAUUUAACAGUGACUUGGGUGAGCUUCAAGCACUGGCCCUUCGAAUGAUGAGGAACUAAAUUCAUCAUGUCUCUUAAUUUGAAGCAUAUGAUGUUGAUUUUCAUGAUGAUGAGGAUGAUCUUAUAUAUAUAUAUAUGCCCAAUGCUGUAUAUACUUUGAUACUAGCUAUCUAAGAAACUUGGUAUGUCUGCAGAGCCUACAAUUACUAGGCAAUCUUUUUUCUUUCUCAAUCGUCAAAAAUCAUUUUCAACAA